AUGCCAUCGUCUCUCAACACCGUUGCUACCCCCUCUCAGGCCAACCAACCUAGCAUGCAGACGGCACAGGCCGGAUUACCUCUUCAACAGCAACUGCAGACUCAACAGAUCCUUCGCUCUUCCAACGGCCCGUUCCCUGCUGUCUCCGGAUCUACAAUAGGUGUCUCAUGCAGUGGAACGGAUUCAAAUACCAGCAAAUCUAACCAACUUAAUGCAGUAGUAACUAACACACUAGCUGGGAACCCACCAACUAUAUGCGAUACGCCAGUUACAACAGUCGCAACCGCAAGCACCGCACCCACGUCCACAUCCGCGCCGACACCGACCUCCGUCGCCACUGCCCCUCUUUUAUCUGAAUAA